AUGUCUCUAGUGUCGCCUGGCGUAGCACCCGUAGGAAAUGAGAUGUCACCGGUGAGACUCAUAGCGACAGACAAUUGGUCACUAUUACGCCAGCUGAUGACAUUCGUUCAAGAUGCCCGGUGUCAGAUGCCCAACGUGCGCGAAGGAGGGGACGUGAAGACUCAAUUCCGACAAUGGAACAGAAUACUCAAAACGCUGACCCUCGGCCCUGGGUCUUGUAGAGCAAGAUUGCCCUGGAGGCUCGCGGACUGGACACGCCUCCGACGAUCACAACGGCACAAAAUUGAGAUGGAGUACUCCGAUUAG